CACUCGAGGAACGCCUGCCGAUAUCUUCAGUAACACAACUAUAAACUACAUUAUGCAAACUUUGUCGUCCUUAGCAGCCGAAAAGGCCAUCUCAGAUCACCAUUCAUUGCGUAACAAUGCUGCUUUUCUUCCCAAGGCAGUUUUAGAAUCUCUCUUGGCGUCGUCUGUAAGACAGAGGAAAAUCUUAGCUCUACGUGAACUGUUGUGCCAGUGGCCUUUCAAACAGCUUCUUCUUCAAGAUGUCGGCAGUGACUUCGAGGAGCUCCAURCCGUUUUGUUCGCGUUUACUCUACARAAAGCGAACAAUAAACUCGAAAUAAUUGAUUUGAGAGGGUGUAGGACUGGUUUCCAUGGGACAUCAGCAUUUUGUAAACUAGCCCUUGGGUUUCCUGUGUCACAAAGUGAUGUCUCUGAAAUGACAGUGAUUGACAGCCGUCUGUUAACUCAAGUGGAACAAAAUGCUCAGUUUCUGAUAGCCAGAGUUCCUCCAGUUACAGUGAUUUUAGAUUGCUAUGUCAAUAUGGAUAACUAUCAACUUAUGAAGCAGGCUCUCGUUCAGCAUUCCAUUUUGGAUAUUAAGGCUUGUAACAUGACACUGGUGGAGCUUGGGAGGAAAAACGUUUGCUCUUUGGUGUCUUUUCUUGAGCCUGAUAUAAUCACAACACUUGAUGUCAGUAUGAACUCCCUUGAAAGUGAAGGAWUCGUAUCACUCUCAGAGCACCUCAAGAAUUUUAGAAACCUACACAGCUUGAACCUCAGUUACAACCGCUUAACUCACCAAAACACAGAGGCUAUCAGAUCAUUAGCUGGUGCUUUUGAACAUCUUUCMCAAUURCAGAGACUUAUAUUGACAGAAAAUAACUUGGGUAGCGGAGUAGUCACUCUUCUUCAAAGCCUACAAUGUCCUUUGACUCAUUUGACMAUCAGYGGGUGUGGGGUCAGGUCUCAGGAACUUACUUCCCUUGCCAACAUCCAAACAUUGUCUCAAUUGGAACAUUUAGAGCUGUCAACUAAUGCCCUAGUGAAUUGUGUUACUUCCAUGUCGAAGUUUGUAUGCAAGUCAAAGAAAACUCUCAAAUAUCUCCAAAUUGAGGACAACAUGUUUGUUACAUCAUCUGUCAGUACCUUGUGCAAGAUGGUAAAGAAGUUGGAAAAGCUUGAAGUACUAUCAAUAUGCUAUAAUCAUUUACUACCUGACGAUGUGCAGACAAUUCAAAAUGCCGUUUCACAUGUGAAAGUAAUAAACAGAGACUGGUUGUUUUAACUGAUAAAGAGAAAAUUAUAACAAAAGUUCUAAAUCUAAUGUAAGAUCUAAAUCUUGAGAUUUUAAUAAACAAACUGACAAUAUCACCGAAACAAACCUCUGCAAUAAAAAAAAAAUUCUAUUGACUGACAUGUUAUGUUUUAAUACUAUAGUGCCUGCAAAACAAUGUUUCCCAUCCACCCCUUUCUUUCCUAACUUGGUUAAAUUCUUAUCUUUUAGAGUAAUUUUUGUUGCAGACAGAUUUUAUUAAAGACAACAACAUAGACUGUAUCU